UGUCCGGGUGGGCAGAAGGAAGCCGAAGUGCCCCCCGAGGGGGAGCAGAGCACACUCGAUGCGCCCUGCAGUGACUCAAGUAUCCCUCGUGUCCCCGCUGCGCCCUCCCUCUGGCGUCCCGGCUGCGCCCUGAGCAAUCUGUGAGGAGUGGAGGGCUGGGACGGGGAGGGAGGGGGUGAGGGAAUCCAGAAGAAGAAGAAGAAGAAACACCCACCACCUCAAGGGCUCUUGUCUGGACGACUGACCGGAACGCACCCGAAAUAGUGGGAGACCCAACGAGAGAGACAAGGAGAGAGAGAGAGAGAGAGAGAUAAAGAAAGAAAACAUUUCACGGACAUAAACGACAGAAGGAUCGUAUCAAGGCAGGAGAGAGUGAGAUUUGGGGACGCAGGACGCUUUGCAUUGAUGAUUUAAGAGGAUGAGGGCUCUGAGGUUCGCUGUGCUGCUGCUCACGGCCUUCAUAGUACCAGGCCAGGGCCAGAACCUGGAGCUGGAGCAGAAUCUAGUGCCGUCCCCCAGGAGGUUACGGUUUAAAGUCAUCAACUCAAACAAGCUCCACAUCUUGUGGAAGGAGCCAAAGGGAGCCUUCGACAAAUACAAAUUCCUAUACAACUAUUUACCAGGUGGCCAUCCGAGAGAGAUUGAUGUCCCCAAAUCGGAGAGCAAGGUGAUCAUAACGGAUUACAACCCGGCCAAGGACUACAUCGUCCACGUCAUCGCUGUCAAAGGCAGCCAGCAGAGCAAGCCACUGCAGGGCACACAUAAAGCUGAGCAGACAGACAGUGAUAAGGGGGGAGAGACCCAGCCCCAGAGGCUGAGGGAGACCGACGCCCCACCUGAUGAGGCCAAUGAGAUCUCUGGAGUGGACCCGUUCGUUUGCCACACGGAGGCGGUCGCCGACAUCGUCAUCCUGGUGGACGGCUCGUGGAGCAUCGGCAGGAUCAACUUCCGGCUGGUGCGCCUGUUCCUGGAGAACCUGGUCAACGCCUUCGACAUCGGCAUCGACAAGACGCGCAUCGGUCUGGCUCAGUACAGCGGGGACCCCAGGAUAGAGUGGCAUCUGAACGCCUACACCACCAAAGACACCGUGAUCGACGCCGUGAAGAAUCUGCCCUACAAAGGAGGCAACACACUUACCGGCCUGGCGCUGACCUACAUUCUGGAGAACAGCUUCAAGCCCGAGUCAGGAUCCAGACCCGGCGUCCCGAAGAUCGGCAUCCUGAUCACGGAUGGAAAGUCCCAGGACGACGUGGUACCCCCUGCGGAGAGCCUGCGAGACGCCGGCGUGGAGCUGUUUGCUGUCGGUGUGAAGAACGCAGACGAGAACGAGCUGCAGUCCAUCGCCUCGGAGCCGGAUGAGGGACACGUGUACAACGUGGCCGACUUCAGCAUCAUGAGCUCCAUCGUGGAAGGGCUCACCAAGAUCGUGUGUGAGCAGGUGCAGCACCAGGACAAGGAGAUCAAGACCAAACUCCCUCUAGAGCCGACAGAGCAGCCAGAGACCGGCGCUCCCUCGGACUUCCUGGCAUCCGAGGUCACGGCCAACAGCUUCCGGGUCACGUGGAGCCCCGCCCCCGGGAGGGUGGAGAAAUACCGAGUGGUGUACUACCCGGCUCAAGGAGGGAGACCGGACGAGCUGGUGGUGGACGGUGGUGAGAGCUCCGUGCUGCUGGAGCACCUGAGCUCCCAGACGCUCUACGAAGUGGCCGUGUUCGCUGUCUACGCCACCGCCGCCAGCGAGGCCCUGAGGGGGUCCGCAGACACCCUUGUCCUAGCGACGGUGAGCAGGCUGGAGCUGUUGGACAUGAGCCCCAGUGCGAUGCGGGCGCGCUGGUCGGCUGUGGCGGGGGCCAGCGGCUACAUGCUGCUGUACGCACCCCUCACCGGGGAGGGGGACGCUGAGGAGAAGGAGCUCAAGGUAUCAGAGGCCAUCACAGAGCUUGAGCUGGAGGGUCUGAUCCCGGACACGGAGUACUCUGUGACGGUGUACGCCCUGUACGGGGAAGAGGCCAGCGACCCGGUGACGCACCAGGAAACACCCGUGAGUCCACUGAGACCCCUCAUAGCGUCGCACAACAGCACACAACACAACAGUUACGGCCGUCAUGUGGCUCAGGGGGUAGGGCGGGGUAACCGGAGGGUCGCUAGUUCGAUCCCCGGCUCGUCCUCUCCCGACGCUGCCCCAGCCCCAGCUCUGGACACGGUGGUCGGAGCGAACGUCAACUCUGUGGUGGUCCCCAACCUGCAGAGCGGGACAGAGUACUCCGUCCAAGUGAGCGCGUCCUUCCCCACGACCCACAGCGAGCCCGUCCUAGGCACCGCCAAGACCUUAUUCCUGGGGGUGUCUGGCCUGUCCACGUACCAGGUCCGUCCCACCAGCAUGUGUGUCCAAUGGCAGCCUCUGUCCCAUGCCACCAUGUACAGAGCAUCUAUUCAGUCCACGCUCAAUCGCCAGAGGCAGGAAGUGAGUCUUGGGGGCGGGGCUUCUCGCCAGUGCUUCCACGACCUCACCCCCAGCAGCCAAUACGAGAUCAGCGUUCACACCCGGAUACGAGAGCUGGAGGGGCCGGUCGUCUCCGUCACCGAUAUGACGAUGCCAGCUCCGACUGAGGCUCCGACUCCACCCCCAACUACUGAGGCCCCUCCCACCAUCCCCCCUGCUAAGGAAGUGUGUAAGGAGGCGAAGGCGGACCUGGUGUUCCUGGUGGAUGGCUCCUGGUCCAUCGGCGAUGACAACUUCCUGAAGAUCACCCGCUUCCUGUACAGCACCAUGGGCUCCCUAGACAUCGUCGGGCCUGACGGGACUCAGGUGGCCAUUGCCCAGUUCAGUGACGACGCACGCACCGAGUUCCAGCUGAGUUCCCAUGGCAACAAGGAGGCGCUGCUGGAGGCCAUCCAGAGGAUUAGAUACAAGGGAGGAAACACCAAGACAGGCCGCGCCAUCAAGCACGUCAAGGAGUCCAUCUUCACCCCGGAAGGAGGUGCGAGGCGGGGGGUCCCCAAGGUGCUGGUGGUCCUGACCGAUGGCCGUUCCCAGGACGACGUCAACACCGUCUCCAAGGAGAUGCAGGUGGAAGGUUACAUCAUCUUUGCCAUCGGCUUUGCGGACGCAGACUACGGGGAGCUGGUGAACAUCGCCAGCAAGCCCAGCGACAGACACGUCUUCUUCGUGGAUGACCUGGACGCUGUGAAGAAGAUCGAGGAGCAGCUCAUCACUUUUGUCUGCGAGGCCGCCACAGCCACUUGUCCUUCGGUUCUGAUGAGUGGAAACACCAUGGCAGGUUUCCGCAUGAUGGAGAAGUUCGGCCUGGUGGAGAAGGAGUACGGCGCCGUACCGGGCGUGUCUCUGGAGCCCGGCUCCUUCAACAGCUUCCCCUGCUACCGACUGCACAGAGACGCCCUGGUGUCCCAGCCCACCAAGUAUCUCCAUCCAGAGGGCUUGCCAUCUGAUUACACCAUCUCAAUGAUUCUUCGCCUGCUCCCUGAGACGCCCCAGGAGCCCUUUGCAUUGUGGGAAAUCCUCAACAAGGAGAAGGAGCCGUUGGUGGGACUCAUUCUGGACAAUUCUGAGAAGACCCUGACCUUCUUCAACCAUGACUACAAAGGAGACUUCCAGACGGUCACUUUUGAAGGACCUGAAAUCAGGAAGCUCUUCCAUGGCAGCUUCCACAAGCUCCACGUGACGGUGGGCAAGACGUCGGCGCGGGUGGUGCUGGACUGCUCCGUGGUGGGGGAGAAGGCCAUCAGCGCGUCGGGGAACAUCACCAUCGAUGGCCUGGAGGUUCUGGGGAGGAUGGUGCGGUUGCGUGGCACGCGAGAGAACUCUGCUCCGUUCCAGCUCCAGAUGUUUGACAUCAUCUGCAGCACGUCGUGGGCUAACCGAGACAAAUGCUGUGAGCUUCCAGCAUUGAGGGUCGAAGAGCAGUGUCCCUCCAUGCCCCAUGCCUGCACAUGCUCACAGGACAGCAAAGGACCUCCCGGACCCUCCGGGCCACCAGGCGGUCCAGGGAUCCGGGGGUCCAGAGGAGACAGAGGAGAGCCGGGAGGCAUGGGACUCCAAGGACCAGUGGGUGAAGGGGGCCCCCCAGGCCCCCAAGGCCCCCCCGGCUCCCAAGGCCUCACUGGACGCUCCAUUCAAGGGGCCCCGGGACUUCGCGGGGAAAAGGGAGAGAGGGGAGGAAUCGGACCACCUGGAACAAUGGGCGUUCCGGGCGGGGCCGGCUCACCAGGACGCGACGGCCCACCUGGAGGAAGGGGUCUUCCCGGUAAAGACGGACCCCAGGGCCACCAGGGGCCAACCGGGACUCUAGGGGUCCCCGGAGCCACAGGGCCCCCAGGACCAGGGGGGUCUGCUGGAUCACAAGGAGACCAGGGGGUUCCGGGUCCUGCUGGUACCAAAGGCGACAAGGGAGAGAGAGGUGAUGUGCAGUCCCAGGCUGUGGUGCGCUCCAUCGCGCGCCAAGUGUGUGAGCAGCUCAUCCAGAGUCACCUGUCUCGCUACAACUCCAUCCUCAACCAGAUCCCCAGCCAGCAGGCGGCGGCCGUGCGCACCGUGGCGGGCCCCCCCGGGGAGCCGGGGCGCAGGGGCCUGCCGGGGCCCCAGGGGGACCAGGGGCCCUCGGGCCGGCCGGGCUUCCCCGGGACCAACGGGCAGAACGGGCUCGCGGGGGAGAGAGGACUCUCGGGGGAGAAGGGAGAGCGGGGGAGUCACGGCAUCGGAUCGCAGGGACCCCGAGGACCCCCUGGAGCCCCAGGCUUACCAGGCGAGGGUCGGACGGGAAGCCAGGGACCGCCUGGCAGGCCGGGUAGCCAGGGCACCCCGGGGAGACAGGGCUCGCCUGGGUCCGGUGGACCACCGGGGUCUGCGGGGUACUGUGAUCAGAACUCCUGCAUGGGCUACAACGUUGGCGGCACCGAUAUUAAGCACUACAGGCUGAGAAGGACCUAUCGCCUCCUCUCAGAGCCAAAGGUUUGGGAAGAUGCCGCAGGAUACUGGCUGAGGCUGAACAGGCACACCGAAAGAUGUAUGCUCUUUGUUCUGCUCCACAAACACCACCACCACCACCACCACCACCACCAACCACCACCGCCACCACCACCACCACCACCACCACCAGUCCAAGCGCUACCGCACGGCGGCUACAACCCGAGGGCCGUGGCCUACAACGGCGGGCGGCGAGGAGCCGAGGAAGAAGAGGACGACGACGACGACGACGACGAGGAAGACGAGGACGAGGAGCAAGAUCCAUAUCAGCACGGCUACCCACCCCAGUACUACCCCGGUCACGACCCCCGGGGGUACCGGCCCGGGCCCCGCUCAGAGGACGUGGAGCUGAGGUCGCCCGGGGUCGCGCAACGCUUUGCCCGCCACGCCCGCGGAACGGGGGAGGAGGUGGGCGGCGGCGACGUCGUCGUCAUGGAGGAGAGGGAGGAGGGGGGCGGCGCGUAGCAACGAGACCGGAAGCCUGGACGCGUCGGACACACACCGCAAGUGCUUGAGGCCGGGUGGAGCAUGACCACACACGAGCUACCUACACUCUGAGCCCGCGGGACACGUGUUGUACACGGAUACUAGCACGCGCACAUACACACAAACACACACACACACACACACACACACAGGUGAGACUGCUUCCUACAGACUACGCAACAUCAGAAAAAACUGUGGAUGGCAGUGGCAUUCUCCACCACGAUAGACAGUUGUCUUGUUAACUCUUGUACGGUGUCUCUGUUGAACUCGGAAAAGUGCCUGAUUUAUGUUUGUACCGUUGAGUGUAAAGAUGGGAAGACUCUGCGUUCACCUUGGGGUCGGUUGACUUCGUGUCGAAGCCCUUUUUAAAGAAGGAAUUUGCAUGUCACCUUUGAGGAAAACUUGUUGAGCGUUCGUUCUGUUUUGUUUUUGUCACGGAUUCAAUUUGAACAUUUGGAUCCUAACAGAAUUUAAAUUGGUACAUGUUGUGUUUUGUGAGUUUAUUUUCCCCCACUACAAAGCCUUUUCCAUUCUAUUAAGUAAACUUUAUUUUUUUCAGAUUUUAGUUUAUUAAAAAGGUUUUAUUCCACCCAUCUUUAGAACGAAGGAGCUUCAUAUGACUUUACUGAAGCAAUGUUCCAGAGUUGUCAGGACUAUUCUUUUGUUGUCCUUUAAUAUUUCACUCCAAACAUAGAUUGCAACUAUUCAACCGCAAUCUAUUCUUAAAGAUCUGAUACAAGUGAAAGCGUCUGGUUUGGCCUCGUUUCUCUAUUUUGGUGUUCCUGUGGGCCUGUUCACUGUGGAAGCUGCUUGCUCAUUGGUCAGCACUAUAUUCAAUUUUGACCUAUUGAAACCAGAGCUUUUUUUUUUAUACAUUGAGAUUUUUUUGGUGGCAGCAAAUUAUUUUGUUUGAAGUUUCAAAUAUUUUUUAGCAUAGUAAUAAGUCAAUUUAUCCUGCAACAGGGCCAGAUACAAAUCAGGCACCCAAAGUGACUACAGCCAAUCUGUACAUAUGAACACAUCUUUCUAGAACUGAAAACGCUGGGCCUAAGAACAGUUAAGGAAUCUGUUCUUGCAACAAAUAUGAAUUGGCAAAGUGGAGUAUUUUAUUUAUUAUUUUUUUUAUAACCAAAUAAAAUCUGUUAUGACGCUGAUUUUUUGGCAUUUUUGUUUAUUGCGUCUCAUAACAUGUUCUUUAUCGCAGAGUGUUGCAAAUACUUUUCAGAAAAUAAAAGCACUAGACAAAAAUAUAGUAAAUUAUUUAUUGGUCUAUUACACAAAGUAUACUUAAAAAAAAGAAGGAACUAACAAUUAUUUAUAAUGGGGUAACUUACAGGCGUGGCAAGUUGAGACAUUGUCAGAAACAAUGAAUCUGGACCAGAGUAACCUAACCACCUUUCAAUUGAGUCAUGGAAAACAAGCGUUCUGGUUGUUAAUAUUCAGCCUCUUUCACACACUGGAAUCACACCAGGAGCAUCUGUACUGCCCGAUAUCCUCACAGCCAUGGAAACAUAACAGGAGCCAUUCAAAUAUGAUCGAUCUCUAUGUAGACACCCUUCAAUAUCCAGAGUUUUAAAUAAGUUUCCCUUGGCAGGGCUUAUAUCUGUGUUUAUGACGUGAUUAUCGACAAUGAUGGACAUAGUGAGAUCUUCUCUGGAGACAAGGGAGACACCCUUCCGCAUAUCGCUAGAACAAACCCAGUCAACCCAAAUCAAACCCAGAAACAGACCACCGCCUCCUAACUCAAAACACUUCUAUAUCACGUUCAUGUUUGUAUCAAAACAGAUUUCAAAAUGGCCUCUUACU